GAAACGCUUGAAAAACAGUUACUCACUGCAGAAUCUAUCGUCAUUUGAAUCACUCCUUCAAAAUCCAACAAAAUCGUAUAAUUUGUGAAACUAUGAUGCUCUUUAACUUCCUUCGUAGUACACGCUCUUCGUCUUGAAAACACUCAUAGCAGGAAUCGGUGAAAUGGAACCUGAUUCGAUUGCCACCACCAUAACCGUAAACGUCAAGUUCAAUGGCGUCAACAUACCGGUCUCAAUUUCACCCAACUCUACCGUCAAAGACCUCAAGUCCCUUCUUCUACCUUCUACCAAUGUCCUCCCUCGGGGCCAGAAACUCAUCUUCAAAGGUAAGGUUUUGGAAGACCCCGUGACUUUGACUGCAUCCAACUUGACUAAUGGAUCCAAACUCAUGCUUGUGGCUUCUCAAGGUUUAUAUCAAGGGGAUGGACCCAUCUUGAAGAAAGCUCAUGUUGUUCCCAAAUCGAGGAAAGAUAGUCGCUCAGGCUCUAGCAAUGACGUGAAGAAAAUUCCUAUUAAGAACAGGAUGGAACGGUGGAAAGCAACCGGAGUUGUAGCAUUAUCUGAAAGCAAGUUAGAGGCCAUACCUGAAGAAGUGUGGGUUUGUGGAUCUUCUGCAAGAGUUCUAGAUUGCAAAACCAAUUCAAUCAAAAGUGUCCCUGUCGAAAUUGCACGUCUUACAAGUCUAGAGAAACUAUUCAUGGAUUCAAAUGAGAUAGAGGAUGAAUCAAUUAAGUGGGAAGGACUAACAACUCUGAAGCACAUAACUGUAUUAACAUUGAACUAUAACAAUUUAACUACUUUGCCGUCUGCACUUGGGUCACUUACCUCUUUGAAGGAGCUGCAUGUUUCCAAUAAUAAAUUGGGUGGCUUUCCUGAUGAAAUAGAGCAUCUGACUAAAUUAGAAGUCUUGCAAGCCAACAACAAUAGGAUAAGUAUCAUCAGUGACACUAUUGGGAACUGCCAUUCUCUUGUUGAGGUUGAUUUCUCAUCAAAUUUUCUGUCAGAAUUGCCAGAGACAUUUAGUAGUUUGAACAAUUUGAAGGCACUGUACCUCAGUAACAAUGCCAUGAAAUCUCUUCCAUCAAAACUAUUCAAGACCUGUUUUCAACUCUCCACAUUGGAUCUCCACAACACAGAAAUAACAAUUGAUCUCCUUCGCCAGUUUGAAGGGUGGGACAAUUUUGACGAGCGCCGGCGUUCAAAGCAUCAAAAACAAAUUGAUUUCAGAGUUGGAGUCUCCAGAGAUUUUGAUGAAGGUGCUGAUAAGAACUAAAAUUAUUUGUUAUAAAUAAUGCUGUUCAUUCAGAUAGUAUUCAUGAAGUUCAUGUCUUUGGUGGCAAAUAGGAAAAUGGAAAUUUGUGAUACAAUGUUUUGGAUCUGAUGUCUGGUUUGAGUGA